CUACACAAGACAAUUUUAUUUUAGAAACAAAUAAAAGUGCAUCAUAUUUGUUUGUGUUACCAAAUUGACUAUUAACCUUAUUAAUAUUAAUAUACAGCAACUUUAAAAUUACGUAAAUUUAUUUUUACUAAUGUCAUAUUUUCAAGAUUACGUUCGAAGCCCUGGAACAACUUACCAUGAACCUCUAACUCACUCCAUCCCGAAACUUAAGCCACUAAACGUAGCUUCUUGCUGUUCUUCUUGUGGUAUCACAUUUCGCUUGUUCCGUCCAAAAUAUAACUGUUAUAAUUGUGGUAAUGUAACUUGCGGACGUUGUUCUAGUAAUGGAACUGAAAUACCAAAAUUUGGUUAUUUCGAACCCGUGCGUACUUGUGAUCUGUGUUAUAGUUAUUUGAAAGUAAUGAAAAUGAAUCGAUCACAACUUGCCAGAUUACCAACCAAAACGCUGCGAGAAUAUAUUUCGGCAUAUAAUCUCCCAUGUCAUAAUAUUAUUGAAAAAGAUGAUUUAAUUGAUGUUAUCAUGGCACAUAUACCAUUGGAAGAACGUUAUGAAGUUUAUUAUCGAGAUCAUUAUCCAACAUUUCAUGUAGCUGCAGCGUCUGACACUCAACCAAGUGCUCGUACCGAAACUCAAAACAAUACUGGUUAUACAAGAUCUCAUACAGUACCUCAUUCUCAAUCUCGAUCUCAACCUCAUCCUCAAUCUCGAUCCCAUCCUCGAUCCCAACCUCAACCUCAACCUCAAUCUCAACCUCAACCUCAACCCCAAUUUCAACCUCAACCUCAACCUCAAACUCAACCCCAAUUUCAACCUCAACCUCAACCUCAACCUCAACCUCAACCUCAACCUCAGCCUCGAUCUCGACCUCAACCUCAAUCUCAACCUCGAUCUCAACCUCAACCCCAACAACCUUUACCACAACGUCAACAAAAUCAUAAACAAUCACAAAAUCCUUCUCAUACAGCCCCAAUCUCACUCCAAACUAUUAUUAGAGAUAAAGUGGAUGUAUCCCAAUUAUCUGUUAAGACUAUUAAAGGAAUUCUCAAAGAAAAUUGUAUUGAUUACUCCAAAAUGGUUGAAAAAUAUGAGUUAAUUGAACGCAUGGAAAUUUUGAUUAAGUGGGCAAAGCAUGAGAUGUCAAGUAAAGCAGGUGAAAUUUCUGAUGAUGGAUUAUGUAGAAUUUGUUGUGAUGCACAAUCAAACUGUUUAUUUAUGGAUUGUGGACAUAUGUGCACUUGCUUGGAUUGUGGAAAGAAACUGGAGGAAACUAAAAAUGAAUGUCCAAUUUAUUAUAAAUAA